CUUUCGAGGCCAGGACCUAUUUAAAGAAACCCUCUUCGCAUUCCAUCACUUUCAUUAUUAUAUUAUCAGUCAGAACAGAGAAGAGAAGAGAAUAGAAGAGAUGGAGAACAAGCAAAAACUGGAGCUGAUGAAGGACCUGAGAACCCAUCAAGUUGCCGUAGCAGAACUCAACGCUCUUUCUUCUACUCGGUCUGUUGUGUAUCACAAGAAGGGCAACCUCUAUUUUCGCACAUCAAUCCAAAAGGCAAUGGCUUCAGAGCAAAAGCAAGUGGAUGAAGCCAAAUCUCAACUUCAAAAACUCACCUCUGCUGCUUGAUUGAUUCUUAUCAUAUAUAUAUAUAUAUAUAUAUAUAUAUUAUAUUGUUGUGGUAAUUGCAUCAUUGACUGACUGUCUUUGUUCACAACAAAGUAAUGAAUAAAAAUGGUUUCUUUCUGUUCUAAUAA